CCGAUCCAUCCGGGGGUUCUUAAUACUUUUGGUGAACUUGAAACGACUCGAUAGGUGAUGGUUUCUUCUAGCGGCUUUGUUGCCGCCUUGGUACUUACGAUCGCUGCAUUUCGAUCUGCGGCCAUAAAGUUCGAAAAAGUGUUCGAAUGGAAGCAGUUGACCUUCGCCGAUCUUCCGGAACUGAACGUAUCUGAAGGUGCCGUAAAUGAAACGUUCCAACCGUAUGGUAACAUGCCGAUGGGUGUGGUACAUCAUAAGCAACGGCUGUUCAUCAGCAUCCCUCGUCGGCGGCCAGGUAUUCCAGCUACCUUGACGGUGAUCGAUCUAUCUACGGUAUCACAUGGUAACCGAAGUCCUCCACUGCAUGCUUACCCUUCCUAUUCCGUUAACGAGUUACAGCCUGGCUACCGUUCGGACCUGAACCGUCUCGUGUCGGUGUAUCGAACGAGGGUGGAUGCUUGCGAACGACUUUGGUUCGUCGAUACGGGCACCCUGAACUAUCCCGACAAUCCGGUGCAAGUGCAAAGGCCUCAGCUAUGGAUUAUUGAUCUUAGGCACGACCGGGUGGUUCAUCGUUACCUGAUUCCGGAGUCCAUCGUCUUCGAGGGCGGUGCACUGGCCAGCUUGACUGUCGAUGUGGAACCGAGUGACUGUGGCCGAGCGUAUGCCUACAUUCCCGAUCUGGUCUCGAACGCCAUCUACGUGUACAGCUUGCAGCACGAUGAUAUGUGGGCAUUCAGGCAUUCCUCAUUCGCGUAUGAUCCGUCACGAAGCCAGUUUAACGUAGCAGGGUUGCGGUACGAAUGGGAUGACGGCAUUUUUUCGAUCGCGAUCGGUCCGAACGAUACAAUAGCCGGGUCGAAGUUGAUCUUCUACCAUCCAAUGGUAAGCACGACCGAGUUCGGCACGUACGCUAGCGUGCUCCAGAGCAAACGAAUUGCGAUAUCGGACAACUACGGCGAGUUGUUUCAACCGCUGGGAGAGCGUGGCCCCAGUACACAGUCUACGAUGCAUCACUAUGAUGCUCGAACCAGUGUAUUGUUCUACGCACAGGUCGCCCGAAACGCGAUAGGAUGCUGGAAUACUCGGCAAUUCUAUGGUCCGGAUAGCCACGGCGUGGUACACCAGGAUAACCGGGAGCUGGUAUAUCCGAGUGAUCUGAGCAGUGAUUCCCACGGGACACUGUGGGUACUGACGAACAACAUGCCAAUAUGGAUGUACUCGCGACUCAACGUAAGUGAUUACAACUUCCGUGUUUGGAAGCAAAGCCCAACCCUUGCCAUCCAUGGAACGAAGUGUGAUAAUUGAGCAGAUCUUUACACGCUUGAUGAUAACAUGUGAGGUGGGUUGAUCAUAAGCUAAGAUUGUCGAAGAGCCGACCAUGGCGAUGCGGGAUAAAGACUUUAUUGUGAAUAUUGAAUUAUUCGAAAUACAUUUGAUACCACUCAGCGAUAGUUG